UCGGUGCUAAGGGGUGAGUGAGUCGGAGCUCAGUCUCUCCCCAGCACGUUCUCGGCCGCUCCGGGUUCAGACCCAACGUAGGAGCCGCGAGAGAGGUUCACCAUCCCCCGGGCGGACAGGACUCCGGGGCUGCUGAGCGCUCCCGCGUGUCGGGCGCUCGGAGUCCCCGCAGCCGGAGAGGGAUCAGGACUCUAGAGCCCGGGGGUGCCUGUGGAAUCCAGCGCCUCGGGCUUCCCGGGUCCCCCGCACCGGGAGCCCCAGAGACGCGCUCGGCACCCGGAACGCUGCAGAAUAAGAUCGAGAUUGAGGACAGACUGCCACGACCGCCAUGGGCAGCAAAACCUUGCCAGCGCCGGUGCCCAUCCACCCAUCCCUGCAGCUCACCAACUACUCCUUCCUUCAGGCAGUGAACGGCCUGCCCACAGUGCCCUCGGACCACUUGCCCAACCUGUAUGGUUUCAGUGCACUGCAUGCGGUGCACCUGCACCAGUGGACGCUGGGCUACCCCACUAUGCACUUGCCGCGCUCCUCUUUUUCUAAAGUGCCGGGUGCUGUGUCCAGCCUGGUGGACGGGCGCUUCCAGCUGCCUGCCUUUCCCUGGUUCCCUCAUGUCAUCCAGCCCAAGCCAGAGAUCACUGCUGGAGGCAGCGGGCCCGGGGCUCUCAAGACCAAGCCUCGCUUUGAUUUUGCCAACCUGGCCUUGGCCGCCACACAAGAAGAUCCCUCCAAGCUUGGCCGAGGGGAGGGUCCCGGUUCCCCUGCCGGUGGGCUGGGUGCCCUCCUGGAUGUGACCAAGCUGUCCCCAGAAAAGAAGCCCACGAGGGGACGCCUGCCUUCCAAAACCAAGAAAGAGUUCGUAUGCAAAUUCUGUGGCCGCCACUUCACGAAGUCCUACAACCUCCUUAUCCAUGAGCGGACGCACACAGAUGAGCGGCCCUACACAUGCGACAUCUGUCACAAAGCCUUCCGGAGGCAAGACCACCUAAGGGACCACAGAUAUAUUCACUCCAAAGAGAAGCCUUUCAAGUGUCAAGAGUGCGGGAAAGGAUUCUGCCAGUCCAGGACUCUCGCUGUCCACAAGACGCUACACUCACAGGUGAAGGAGCUCAAAACCUCCAAGAUCAAAUGCUAAAUAGAGCCUCCAGGGCACCAGGACCCUGGGUCUAGCCGCCCCCUCCUCCAAAGGGACAGAAGCCGAAGGCGACUCUGGCGGGCAGCGGGAGGGGCUCCCGGGACCUUCCCCGUCCCAAACGUGUCCCCUGGGUCCCGGGCGCACGCGGAACUCCAGAGCCUCGCCCCGGGCCGUGACCCCGGCCGCCCGGGCGGCUCCCCCAGGACGCGGCUAAACUCUUGGCCAAAAGGCGGUACUCACGUGGCGGAAGGGAAACUGCAUUUAAAAAAGAACGAAAGCUUCGCGGAGCCGCAGCGGCGCCUCUCCCAGAAGUAUUACUUUUUCUAUUGUUAUUUUAUACGUUUUCUUUAUUAUUUUUUUUUCUUUGACCAUAUAAGCUUGUAACUCUGACGGCGGAGAGCGAGGGGAGUGGAAAAGAAGUUCUGUGCUCUCGCAGCUUCCAACCCCUCCUCCCGCCCCCCUCCCCACCCCCGGGAGCCUGCAAAAGUGUAAUCCCUGUAUCUGCUUCGGCGGCCGGCCCCGGGAUCCCGGGGCCGGGGAGCGCCCUCCCAGCUCCCGCCGCGCAGCGGGCGGUGGGCUCCUGGACUCGGAGGGCGGGGAGGGAGCCUGGGGCCCUGGGGCUGGAGGGGCCGGGCUUCCGGCUCCCCUGUUCCGCCGCCCCGUCACCUCGAGCGAGCAGCGGGCCAGGAGCAGGGCGAUGGAUUGCGAUUGGCACUUUAUGCUGACCAUCGGUAACGGACAUUUAUCACUGGAGUUUUUAAAAAAUAUUAAAUAAACGGCUAUUUUACAGGCA